UCAACUGAGUCCGAGUAACGAGUUGUAAACCCAUAAAAAAGUAAUACUAAUAAAAAUACUGUAGGAAAACUACAGUGACGUCAAGAUUAGGUGAAAUUUUAAAGUAGUGCGAAAUUUUGCCAUUUAUCUAUAGAAGCAUUUAGAAAAAAGUGGAGUUUCAACUGACUAGUAGAAUCCGUGCGAAACCACGACUAAUUAUUUCUGUAUCAUUUCGUUGCAAAAUGUGAAUCGUAGAAGGCCGUCAUACCGCUCGCCACUGCCCACCGUCGUCGACGCAAAUCGCCGAUUCCGAGCAUUUUUUUGUUAUAUUUGUUGACGCACGAGUUUACGUAACGCGCGACCGCAGAGGAGUAUUGUUAUCUAUCCCGAGGGCUCGCCUCUACGAAAUCGCAGUCGUUCGAUAAUCAGCUGACUGGUGAUAGGCAUGAGCGCGAUGCUGACGGUGUGCUCGAGAGCGCUCCGCGGACGCUCCCUGGAGCGAUGCAUCUCGAGCGUGGUGGAGAUACCCAAGUUGCAGAACAACAAUGUGGAGAAUGAACCGGUGCUGGCGUACCGCGCCGGCAGCCGUGAGCGAGCCGAGUUGGCGGAUGAGCUGAAGCGCACCGCCGCCGUCACCGAGGAGAUACCGAUCGUCAUCGGCGGACAGACCAUCAAGGAUGGCGAGCCGCAAUACCAGGUGAUGCCGCAUGACCACUCGAGAAAGAUAGCCAAGUUUUAUUACGCUAGCGAAAAGACUAUCCAGAAAGCAAUCGAGGCGUCGGUGGAGGCGCAGGUUCGCUGGGACCGCACCCCUCUCAAUGAGCGAAUCCGCAUAUGGCAGAAUGCUGCUGAACUGAUGGCAGGGGCUCACCGCCAAAAGCUCAAUGCUGCCACCAUGCUUGGACAAUCCAAGACAGUAGUUCAAGCAGAAAUUGAUUCUGCUGCAGAAUUGAUUGACUUCUUCCGCUUCAAUGUGUUCUUUUUGAAAGAAAAUGCCAAAUAUCAGCCCAUAUCUGAGAAUCCAACUGUGACAAGAAACUCCCUUAGGUUCCGUGGCAUUGAUGGUUUUAUUGCUGCAAUCAGCCCGUUUAAUUUCACUGCCAUAGGUGGUAACUUGGCUUACACACCUGCACUGAUGGGUAACGGAGUUGUGUGGAAACCCUCAGAUACUGCUCUUCUGUCCAACUGGAGGAUCUUCAAUAUUAUGAGGGAAGCCGGCCUUCCCGAUGGCAUUGUUAAUUUUGUUCCAGCUGACGGACCAACCUUUGGACGUGUCAUCACAACAUCUCCAUUCCUAGCUGGCAUUAAUUUCACUGGUUCAGUACCAACUUUCAAUUGGCUUUGGAAUGAGGUUGGCAAGAAUCUCAAUCUCUAUCAUAACUAUCCCAGACUGAUUGGGGAAUGCGGAGGCAAGAACUAUCACUUUGUGCACCCUUCUGCUGAUGUGGCCACAGUUGUAAAUGCCUCUAUUAGAUCUGCAUUUGAAUAUUGUGGACAGAAAUGCUCGGCUUGCUCAAGAAUAUACAUUCCUAAGUCUCUGUAUGAACCCAUCAAAGAAGGUUUACUGGCAGAACGGGCCAAACUGAAAAUUGGUGACCCGACAGAUUUCUCUGUGUUUACUGCAGCUGUUAUUGAUGACAAAGCUUUUGCCAGAAUCACAGGCUACAUCAACGGUGCCAAAAAAAAUCCUAAGAACAAAAUCCUUGGAGGUGGAGAGUUUGAUGGCAGCAAGGGCUACUUCGUGCAGCCCACCAUCAUCGAAACAUCUGACCCGCAUGACAAGCUAAUGACAGAAGAGAUCUUCGGCCCCGUGCUCACUAUGUACGUGUAUGACGACCAUGACGUGAUGAAGACUCUGGCACUUGUUGGAUCCUCAACCAAAUUUGCGUUGACCGGGGCAGUGUUUUCCAAGGAUGUGAACUUCUUACAAAUAGCACUUGAGGAGUUAAAAAUGACGGCGGGCAACUUCUACAUCAACGACAAGUCGACGGGCUCGGUGGUCGGGCAGCAGCCGUUCGGCGGCGGGCGCAUGUCCGGCACCAACGACAAGGCGGGCGGCCCCAACUACGUGAUGCGCUGGACCUCGCCGCAAUCUAUCAAGGAAACCUUCGUGCCGCUGCGAGAGAUCGACUACCCAUACAUGCGGGACUAAAAACCUCAAUUUAAUAUUAUAUUAUUAAUCUUUGAGAAAUAUCAGUACAAUAAUAUGAAUAUCUUGAAUAAUUAGUAAUAGUAUGAUACCUAGUUAAUAUUAUGAUACAAGUAUCACAAAAUUUACUUUUUAAAGUAUUAUCAUACGUUUGAUUGUAUACUAUAAUAGUAUUACGUUUGUGAUUCCACAUUAUAAUAUGUAGUCUAGUGUGUGACACACAGUUGUUAUGAUGUUAUUUACCUGAUGAGACGCGUUUGAGAUUUUCGUGCUCAGAAUGUUGCGUGCAGGAUUAACACUAGUUUGUAAUGUGAUGUAAUUAUUUGUGUUAUUUAUUAUGUAAUAAUUUUAUUGUUGCGCCGCGUACACUUCGCUUGUCGACCGUUUGUGACUGUCGUUAUCUGUGACGAGCAUUAUUUGCUUUGGCUUAUCUGUUUAUUCCAUUUGUCUGGUCCGCUCUCUCACAUAAUUUGUUGCAUUUAACGCUUUUUAUUAUACUAUUCUAAUUCAAUGUUUUUCUUAUUGAGAAUAUAUGUUAUGUUUAUUCUAAGUCUAUCUGGGUGCUAGUUCCUGUUGUUUUCUCGCGGAUGUGAAUUUGUUCUUGAAACAUAAAUAAAUGAAUAGCUACGUGACUCUUAUUGA